GGAAGGGCGAGGAGGGGGGAGUACAAACUAGAGGAGGGUGAAGGAAGCGAGGCGCGACACUGCUCGGGGAGAGGAGGGCAGUGAGGAGCGAGGCGCGGGCAGAGGCGGCUCGGACCGCCGAGAGGAGGGAGCGCGGCGCAGAGAGGAGGGGCUUGCGGGCCCGUAGAAAUGUCAAUCAGAGCCCGGAGCCCCGGGAAUCUCCGCCAAUCUGUUCGGACCUGACCUGGCUCCUCGCCGCCGCCGCCGCCGCCGCCGCCGCCGCCGCCGCCGCGGAGCAGAUCAAUAGGCGAACGCGGAGCGCUGCGCAGCGCGGGAGGCAGCGCGGCCCCAGCCCGGCCCAGCCCCCGAUGCGCGCAGGAGCCCGCGGGCGGCGCUGAGCUGGGCGGCCCAGGGGGCCGGGCCCCCUCUCCGUCCGUGCCCCGCGGGCCACCAUGUCCUUCCCCCAGCUCGGAUACCAGUACAUCCGCCCGCUCUACCCACCCGAGCGCCCGGGGGCCGCCGGCGGCGGCGGCAGCGCUGGAGCCCGGGGCGGCCCAGGAGCCGGAGCCUCGGAGCUGGCCGCCUCGGGGUCCCUGUCCAACGUGCUCUCCUCCGUGUACGGGGCGCCCUAUGCCGCGGCGGCAGCGGCUGCCGCCGCCGCCCAAGGCUACGGUGCCUUUCUGCCCUACGCCGCCGAGCUGCCCAUCUUCCCGCAGCUGGGCGCGCAGUACGAGCUGAAAGACAGCCCGGGGGUGCAGCAUCCGGCCGCGGCCGCCGCGUUUCCGCACCCGCACCCCGCCUUCUACCCGUACGGCCAGUACCAGUUCGGGGACCCGUCCCGUCCCAAGAACGCCACCCGGGAGAGCACCAGCACGCUCAAGGCCUGGCUGAACGAGCACCGCAAGAACCCCUACCCCACCAAGGGCGAGAAGAUCAUGCUGGCCAUCAUCACCAAGAUGACCCUCACCCAGGUGUCCACCUGGUUCGCCAACGCGCGCCGGCGCCUCAAGAAGGAGAACAAGAUGACUUGGGCGCCCCGCAGCCGCACCGACGAGGAGGGCAACGCUUACGGGAGCGAGCGCGAGGAGGAAGACGAGGAGGAGGACGAAGAAGACAGCAAGCGCGAGCUGGAGCUGGAGGAGGAGGAGCUCGUGGGGGAGGAGGAGGACACGGGGGGCGAGGGCCUGGCGGACGACGACGAGGACGAGGAGAUCGAUUUGGAGAACUUAGACGGUGCGACCGCGGGGCCUGAGCUGGCCUUGUCUGGGGCGGCACACAGGGACGGCGACCUCGGCCUGAGACCCAUUUCAGACUCCAAGAAUAGCGACUCGGACGACAGCUCGGAGGGCUUGGAGGAGCGUCCACUGCCCGUGUUGAGUCUGGCCCCGGCGCCACCGCCGGUGGCCGCGGUUCUGCCGUCUCCGCCCUCGCCUCCUGCAGGCCUGGACCCCUGCGCUCCUGCACCACCGCCCGCCUCAGCCCUGCAGAAGCCCAAGAUCUGGUCCCUGGCCGAGACGGCCACAAGCCCGGACAACCCGCGCCGCUCGCCUCCGGGCGCGGGAGGUUCUCCCCCGGGGGCAGCCGUCGCGCCCCCAGCCCUGCAGCUCUCUCCGGCCGCGGCAGCCGCCGCGGCUCACAGACUCGUCUCGGCGCCGCUGGGCAAGUUCCCCGCUUGGACCAACCGGCCGUUCCCAGGCCCUACGCCGGGCCCACGCCCGCACCCGCUCUCCCUGCUGGGCUCGGCCCCUCCACACCUGCUGGGACUUCCCGGAGCCGCGGGCCACCCGGCCGCCGCCGCUGCCGCCUUCGCUCGGCCGGCGGAGCCCGAGGGCGGAACAGAUCGCUGUAGUGCCUUGGAAGUGGAGAAAAAGUUACUCAAGACGGCUUUCCAGCCCGUGCCCAGGCGGCCCCAGAACCACCUGGAUGCCGCUUUGGUCUUAUCGGCUCUCUCCUCCUCCUAGUACUUAUUUUUAAAAAUUUUCAAUCGUUGUAAUAAUUGUAAAAAAAACAAAAACAAAAACAAAAACAAAACUCUCUGUAUAGUUAUGACUUGUAAGCAUGUCCGUGUAUGAAUACCUAAGAAACAAAACUAAGCAAAAAGAAAAAAAGAAAAAAAAAAAGAAAUAAACCAAGUUCCCUCAGUCCUCCCCAAGUGGCUUCUGUACCCCACAUUAGCUGAGUUUGUGAGGGUUUUUCUGGUUGAUGUUGUUCGGUUGAUUUUGGGAGGUGGAGUUGCCGUGAGAAUAAGAGUGUCUGAGUUGUUUUUUUUUUUUUUUUUUUGUAUAUACAGAAAAAUGUACAUAUGUGUGAACCAAAUUGUACAAGAAAGUAUCUAUUUUUGGCUAAAUAAAUGAGCUGUUGCCACUUUGA